CUCUCCCUCCCCUGCGCCCGCGAGGCCGCGGUACUCCGGUCGGCCGCCCUCAGGCCACUCCCGUGGGGCAGAGCGGGUGGCUGGGCCCCGCUGGCCGGAAGAGGAAGCACAGACUCGGAUGGCGAGGUCGCCAACGUUCGCUAGGCGCCCCUGAACGCUGGCUGCAGCCCGCUCGGACUCGCACGAUUGGAUGGUGAGAAAAGGAAAGAUUCCUGUGAGAAGAGAUCAGGAUGAACGGAGAGCUCUGUGCUUAAAGAGCCAGGUGAAAAUGAUCUCUUUGAAAGUAGAGAUCUGAGCAGAUGAAAAUACAAUCAGCCUUGUACUUGAAAGGGAUGGAGUGGAGAUGGGAUUUCACACGUGAGAGAACAGAGUCAGGAAAAUGCAACAUGGCAGCAGCAAUGGAAACAGAACAGCUGGGUGUUGAGAUAUUUGAAACUGCAGAGUGUGAGGAGGGAACUAUUGAAUCACAGGAUCGACCUAAACUGGAGCCAUUUUAUGUCGAACGAUAUUCUUGGAGUCAGCUAAAAAAGUUGCUUGCUGAUACCAGAAAAUAUCAUGGCUACAUGAUGGCUAAGGCCCCACACGAUUUUAUGUUUGUAAAGAGGACGGAUCCAGACAGCCCUCACUCAGACAGGGUCUAUUAUCUUGCCAUGUCUGGUGAGAACAGAGAAAAUACACUAUUUUAUUCUGAAAUUCCUAAAACCAUCAACAGAGCAGCAGUCUUAAUGCUUUCUUGGAAGCCUCUUUUGGACCUUUUUCAGGCGACACUAGACUAUGGGAUGUAUUCUCGAGAGGAAGAGCUACUCAGAGAAAGAAAGCGCAUCGGAACCGUGGGAAUAGCAGCUUACGAUUAUCACCCAGGAAGCGGAACAUUCCUGUUUCAAGCUGGUAGUGGAAUUUACCAUAUCAAAGAUGGAGGCCCACAUGGAUUUACACAACAACCUUUACAGCCCAAUCUAGUGGAAACUAGUUGUCCCAAUAUACGAAUGGAUCCAAAACUAUGCCCUGCUGACCCAGACUGGAUAGCGUUCAUUCACAGCAACGAUAUCUGGAUCUCGAACCUUGUAACCAGGGAAGAACGGAGGAUCACCUAUGUGCACAAUGAGCUAGCCAACAUGGAAGAGGAUCCCAGAUCAGCUGGAGUUGCUACCUUUGUUCUUCAAGAAGAAUUUGAUAGAUAUUCUGGCUACUGGUGGUGUCCACAAGCUCAAAGAACUCCUAGUGGUGGUAAAAUUCUUAGAAUUCUCUAUGAAGAAAACGAUGAAUCCGAGGUGGAAAUUAUUCAUGUUACAUCUCCCAUGUUGGAAACAAGAAGGGCAGAUUCAUUCCGUUAUCCUAAAACAGGCACAGCAAACCCAAAGGUCACUUUCAAGAUGUCAGAGAUCCUUGUCGAUGCUGAAGGAGGGAUUAUAGAUGUCAUAGAUAAAGAACUGGUUCAGCCUUUUGAGAUUCUGUUUGAAGGAGUUGAAUAUAUUGCCAGAGCUGGAUGGACUCCAGAGGGAAAAUAUGCCUGGUCCAUCCUACUAGAUCGUUCCCAGACUCACCUACAGAUAGUUCUGAUCUCUCCUGAGUUAUUCAUCCCAGUAGAAGAUGAUGCCAUGGACAGACAGAGACUCAUAGAGUCAGUUCCUGACUCUGUGACACCACUGAUCAUCUAUGAAGAAACAACAGAUAUCUGGAUAAAUAUCCACGAUAUCUUUCAUGUUUUUCCUCAAACUCAUGAAGAUGAGAUAGAGUUUAUUUUUGCCUCUGAAUGCAAAACAGGUUUCCGUCACUUGUAUAAAAUCACAUCCAUUUUAAAGGAGAGCAAAUAUAAACGAUCCAGCGGUGGACUGCCUGCCCCAAGUGAUUUCAAGUGUCCUAUCAAAGAAGAAAUAGCAAUUACCAGUGGUGAAUGGGAAGUUCUUGGCCGGCACGGAUCUAAUAUCUGGGUUGAUGAAGUCAGAAAGCUGGUGUACUUUGAAGGCACCAAAGACUCUCCUUUGGAACAUCACCUGUAUGUGACCAGUUACACAAACCCUGGCGAAGUGGUGAGGCUGACUGAUCGAGGCUACUCACAUUCUUGCUGCCUCAGUCAGCAUUGUGACUUCUUUAUAAGUAAGUACAGCAACCAGAAGAACCCGCACUGCGUGUCCCUCUACAAACUCUCAAGUCCUGAAGAUGACCCAGUUCGUAAAACAAAGGAAUUUUGGGCCACCAUUUUGGAUUCAGCAGGUCCUCUCCCUGACUAUACCCCUCCAGAAAUUUUUUCUUUUGAAAGUACUACUGGAUUUACACUGUAUGGGAUGUUGUAUAAGCCUCAUGACCUACAACCUGGGAAGAAAUACCCCACUGUACUCUUCAUAUAUGGUGGUCCUCAGGUGCAGCUGGUGAACAAUCGAUUUAAAGGAGUCAAGUAUUUCCGCCUGAACACCCUGGCCUCCCUAGGUUAUGUGGUUGUGGUGAUAGACAACAGAGGAUCCUGUCACCGAGGGCUUAAAUUUGAAGGCGCCUUUAAAUAUAAAAUGGGUCAAAUAGAAAUUGAUGAUCAAGUGGAAGGACUCCAGUACCUAGCGUCUCAGUAUGACUUCAUUGACUUGGAUCGUGUGGGCAUUCACGGCUGGUCCUAUGGAGGCUACCUCUCCUUGAUGGCACUGAUGCAGAGAUCAGAUAUCUUCAGGGUUGCUAUUGCUGGGGCCCCAGUCACUCUGUGGAUCUUCUAUGAUACAGGAUACACGGAACGUUAUAUGGGUCACCCUGACCAGAAUGAACAGGGUUAUUACUUAGGAUCUGUGGCCAUGCAAGCGGAGAAGUUCCCCUCAGAACCAAAUCGCUUACUCCUCUUACACGGAUUCUUGGAUGAGAAUGUUCAUUUUGCACACACCAGUAUAUUGCUGAGUUUUUUAGUGAGGGCUGGAAAACCGUAUGACUUACAGAUCUACCCUCAGGAGAGACACAGCAUCAGAGUCCCUGAGUCUGGAGAACAUUAUGAACUGCACCUGUUGCACUACCUUCAGGAGAACCUCGGAUCACGCAUUGCUGCUCUGAAAGUGAUAUAAGUGACUGUAGAACGCGGGUGUGCACUGUCACACCUCACGAGGAGGGUCAGUCAGUGGAAAAGCCAGACUGAUGAUCGAACUUUGGUACCCACGACGUAAGAUCUACUUCUAAAAGUAAAUUUGGUGCCGUGCAGAAAUCUGCAGUUAAUGGAUAGUAAUCUAACACCUUACCCAUCCACAUAGAACGAAUGACGUAUUUCCAAGAGAUUGUUCAGCAGUACCACGAGAAUACUGAAAGAAGCAAGGCGUCAGCGCCACAUAUUCACACUAGCCUAUUUUCACUUUUACUAGCAGUGUAAGCCUCUUGGACUUCAUUAGUGGAUUUCACAGUAUACUUCUGGGUUUGUUAAAAUAUGAUAGUAGUGAUUGGUUUGAUUCAAUUCCAGGAUCUGACUAGUUAUGGAUCGAUAGCACUUCUGUCUAAUUGAAUAGCUUAUGCUUCGUCACUUGGGUGUAUCCAGCAUGUCAUGAACUAAUUACUAUGAAGCUUAUGACUUUCCCAGUCAUUAAUGAAUUUUCAAGGAUAACUUAGUGGCCUCCUAAAGAUACUUACUUGGGCUCUGACAAGUUUUUAACCAAUUUAAACAGCAUCUAGUAUAAAUAAUUCUCCUUUUUCUUUGAUGAUAUGAUGGAGUGGGAUUUCCUUUUACAUAAAGGCUAUGUAGCAUGAGUUUACACAAGUCUCAAGAUGUUGACAAUUACAGACAAAAAUUUUUUAAUCAAAUUAUUUGAGAGCUUGAAAAUUAGCAGGCAAGUUUUUCUCCUUUAAGGAACAGAAAAUGUAUGUAUUCAUUUGUAUUCUUAGAAUGUAAUGGUGCCCAUUUUCAUUUGGCCUUUCCUUUACUAAACUGUUCCAGAGUUUCCAGGAGGUAGAAGGAUUACAGGGAGUGGGGAGACCCUGGGGCAGGGAGUGACGGGGAAAGGAGGCAGCCAGGCUCUGCUUAAGAACUGAGUAAAAUAGUUCAGCAGAAAUAUUCACUAGAAAACCUGGGUAAAUGUAAGCUUCCUGCGUGGCUGGGAACCAAAACUAGGAAGUCAGGCUUUGCCAGUGCAGCUACAGGGUCAGCAUUCGGAGGAGUACUUUUAUAAUUCCAACUUCUUGUUAUUUUUCCUUUCAACUUGAGAAACCUUACAGAUCUAAACCUUAACUUUUGUUUGUUUUUUCAUUUUUCAAGACAGAGUUUCUCUUUGUAGCCCUGGCUGUCCUGGAACUCACUCUGUAGACCAGGCUGGUCUCGAAUUCAGAAACCCACCUGCCUCUGCCUCUGAGUGCUGGGAUUAAAGGAAUGCACCACCACAACCCAGCUAACUUUUUUAUCUGAAUGUAAUUUAGAUAUCACUAGUUUAAAAUAAAAAGUUUCCAGACCACUUCUUUGCUGUAAGCUAAUCCCUGACAAACCAUGGCGCUCUCAGUGUUGAAAGCCUAUCAACAGUUUUUUACUUAGCCAUGACAUCCUCCUGGCUUAGCCUUCUUGCUUAGCUGAAGGGAAUACAUUAAGGUUUUUAAGGUUGGUGUCUGCUCUUUAGGACCUUCCAGUAUUGGAUGAGUCCCAUUGGAGCCAGGCUCCGGUGGGUUUGACCCUUUUUUAAUCACAAACUCCAGUGUUUAGGAAGUUAGAGUGAUUUAAAAGUCACUCCAGAAAACUUGCUGUGUUUCCUUCUCCCUGCCACAGCAGGUCCCUUCCCAAGAACAGUUGGCAUUAGUGAGGGUGGUAGCAGUCAUGGGUGAUCAGAGGUGGGGGGAAGGGAGGGUGAUACCUGCUGGCUGUGUAUUUAUGCUGUAUGAUAGAGUCCACAGUUUUUCUUAUUGUCUUAUCUAUUUUGACUUUAAUGCUUAUGACAUUUUCUCGUGCCAAAAUUUGUUUAUAUUUUUCAAAGUUAAAUUAAACUGAUUUGGGUAACUUUCCUUCCCCAACAAAGUA